AUGGGGGCUUCUUCCUACUCCCCUGCUGAAAACCACCGGCCGGGACCCUCCCGGGGAGCUUUGGAUUUAUCUGGGCUGCAGGGGGUGAUGGGAGGAGGAGGAGGAGGAGGAGGAGGAGGGCGAGGAAGUGGGGAGGGCAGCGGCGGCGGAGGUUGGAACCAUGCAAGCCACCAUCCUGCUGCUCUGUCCUUGUCUCUGCCCGUGACUCAACAUGUCUCGUCUACUGCUGCUGCUGGUACGACUGCUAUUCGUUGUGCGGGACAGGAGGCGAUUCACCAGGGCCGUGCACGGAUCCGCGGAUGGAUCACGCCUAUGAUCCCUGCCGCUACUGUUCCUCCUCCCCCUCCUCCUCCCCCUCGUCUCCCUGCUGCCGGUGCUGCUGCCGCUGCUGCCGGUGCUGCCUUCUGUAGUAAUGGGUCGGGCAGUGAAAGCGGCAGAAGUGGGGAUUGGAGGAGUGGGGCGUGUGCAGCGCUUGGGGGGGCAGAGGCGGCGGGUGCGGCGGCGGGGGCGGGUUGUUCUCCAGGCGGUGGGGAUGAGGAGGGGCAUGGGGGGGGCUUUGGUGGAGGGGGCGCAGGCGCGGGUGCAUGUGGAGGGGGGAGAGGCGGAGGGGGAGGAAGAGGAGGACGUGGCUCGGAGAACCGCGUGGGAUCAGUGCAGCUUCACAUCCGCCAGGAGCAACCGCAGCCGCAGCCACAGCCACAGCAGCAGCAGCAGCAGCAGCAGCAGCAGCAGCAGCAGCAGCAGCAGCAGCAGCAGCAGCAGCAGCAGCAGCAGCAGCAGCAGCAGCAGCAGCAGCAGCAGCAAUGGCAGCAGCAGCAGCAGCAGCAGCAGCAGCAGCAGCCACAGCCACAGCAGCAGCAGCAGCAGCAGCAGCAGCAGCAGCAGCAGCAGCAGCAGCAGCAGCAGCAGCAGCAGCAGCAGCAGCAGCAGCAGCAGCAGCAGCAGCAGCAGCAGCAGCAGCAGCAGCAGCAGCAGCAUCCGCAGCAGCAGCAUCCGCAGCAGCAGCAAUGGCAGCAAUGGCAGCUGCAAAGGCAGCAGCAAUGGCAGCAAUGGCAGCUGCAAAGGCAGCAGCAGCAGCACCACAACCCGAACGACCAGCAGCCUUACCAUUAUCCCAUGACACGAAGCUCUUCACCGCUUGUCCUUCCCUCUCUUCCUAUGCUCCCCCCUGGCCCUAUGAGUGCCACUGUUAGUCAUGCUAAGCAGUCUGGAGUGAAUUCCUUUAUCGGCCUGGGAUUGGUGUCUGCUGCUACGGUUUCUGGAAUGCCUGCUGCUGCACACACGCGCGUGCACAUGGCGGCGGGAGAGGGUGCGGCUGUAUCGUCUCCAGCUACCCACUCGUAUCCUCCGUUCGGGAAUUGUGCAGCGCCCGGCUUUCAGGCGGAAUCUCCUUUGGCUGCUGCUGCUGCAGUUGGGAGUGGUGGCGGUUCCAAUGAAGGAAAUGGCGCUGGCGCUGGCGCUGGUGGUAAUGGUGUUAAUGGUGGUGGCAAUGGUGGUGAUGGUGGUGGUCCUUCUGCUGGAGCAGGCAUGCGAUUGUACCAGUACCGUAUGCAGCAGCAAGCACAGCAGCAGCAGCAGCAGCAGCAGCAGCAGCAGGAGCGGCAAUGGCCAGUGUUGAACCCGCAUGCGAGGGAGAGCUUAGCACCACCCCAGCAGCGCCCAGCUGACACCCUCAGCGAUCGUCCAGUGACCUCCAACCCUGCUGCUACUGCUGUUACCACCACCAUCGACGAUGGUAGAGGUGCUGCUGCUCGUACUGGUGCUGCUGCUGCUGCUGCUGCUGCUGCUGCUACUCGUGGUGCUGUUGCCUGUGGUCCUGGUUCAGCUAAUGCUGCUGCCUGUGCUCCUGUUGGUGCUGCUGCUGGUUCGCAGAGGGCACCAGUGGUGAGGGCAGCAGCAUGUGGAGGCGGAGCAGCAGAGGGCAGUCAAGGCACGUCUAGCAGUAGCCCAGCCACGUCACGAUCACUGGCACGGAAGGGGAGUGAAGACGGGGCAUCAGGGGAAGAUGCUAGCAGGCAGCAGCAGCAACAGCAGGGAGAGGAACGGGAGCGCACAGAACGGAACAGCCGGUAUGGGGUUGACGGGGAGGAGGAGGAGGAGGAAGAGGGGGAGGCGGACAACCUGAAAGAGACCCUGCCCAUCUGGAACCCACGCACGGCCACAGGCACAAUGCUGGACGAGUCUGUGACCCACAUCUCAUCGGCUCUCCUUCCUUGUCCCUCCCACUCCCCUCAAAACAGCGAGCGUCUAGACAACCUGAAGGAGACCCUGCCCAUUUGGAACCCGCGCACGGACACAGCCACCAUGCUGGACGAGGCUGUGAACUACAUCGGGCUGCUCAAGCGCGAGGUGCGGCGCCUGCAGGUGGAGUGUGAGGAGCUGGGCAAGGGGCUGCCCCCGGGGGCGAAGCGACCCCGUGUGACGAUUGACGAUGACAUGGAGACCCAGGUCACCUGGGAGGAUGGGUAG